GAAAAGAACUGGGUUCUUUUUUAUUGAUUUAAGCCUUCAAAGUUUAAAACUUGAGUUGGAACCUAAAUCAAUUAACGAGUUGGGACUUGGAAAAAAGGAAGGUCUUAAAAGGAUUCAAAUCUGGCUCUAGAAGCGAUUGCAUCACUAUCUAUCUUUGAUGUGUUGAUUUGGGCAGAUUCUGAUCAGGUUUGUUAUGGUUUCUGUUUUCCCCCCUUUGGCUGAGGUUAUUAAAUUUUUAUGGAUGGUUAGGGAAACCACACUGACUUGGUGCCAUGGAAACUCCUUUUCUGUGGUUGUUGUUUUCUUAUCUUAUUCUCUGUGCUUCUGCCACCGAUGUUGAAUAUGACAACUGCAACUGUGAUGAUGGGGAAGGGAUUUGGAGCAUACAUAGUAUACUUGUUGGCCAAAAAGUCAGUGAUUUUUUCAUUGCUAUUGCAUAUUUUUCCAUCCCCAUUGAACUCCUUUACUUUGUAAGCCGUUCCAAUGUUCCAUUCAAAUUGCUAUUCCUUCAAUUUGUGGCCUUCAUAGUCCUUUGUGGCUUGACCCAUUUACUCAAUGCAUAUUCUUAUCACGGCCCUUCCUCCUUUCAGUUGUUGCUUUCCCUUACCGUUGCUAAAUUCCUCACUGCUCUUGUCUCAUGUGCAACUGCAUUGACCCUUCCCCCCCUCAUCCCUCUUCUUCUCAAAAUCAAAGUCAGGGAGCUCUACUUGAGGCAGAAUGUGAUGGAAUUGGACCAAGAGGUUGGGAUAAUGAAGAAACAAAAGGAAGCAAGCUGGUAUGUUAGGAUGCUCACAAGGGAAAUUAGGAAGACUCUUGAUAAACAUACCAUCUUGUACACCACACUUGUUGAGCUUUCCAAGACAUUGGAUUUGCAUAAUUGUGCAGUUUGGAUGCCAAAUAAGGACAGAGGAGAAAUGCACUUAACCCAUGAAUUGAAAACAAACUCUGCAAAGUUUUAUCGAAAUUCUAUUCCAGUAAACGACCCUGAUGUAUUAGAGAUAAGAAAAACCAAAGGGGUGAGGAUUUUGAGGCCUGAAUCUGCACUAGGAGCUGCAAGUAGUGGUGGUGGCCCUGGAGAGUUGGGUGCUGUAGCAGCUAUUCGCAUGCCCAUGCUUCAUGUUUCAAAUUUCAAAGGAGGGACACCAGAGUUGGUUGAGACAUGUUAUGCUAUACUGGUUUUGGUUCUUCCAAGUUCAAACUCUAGGGUUUGGACUCGCCAUGAGAUGGAGAUAGUUGAAGUAGUUGCUGAUCAGGUGGCUGUGGCCUUGUCCCAUGCAUCUGUUCUUGAAGAGUCUCAGCUAAUGAGACAGAAACUAGAAGAGCAAAACCUAGCAUUGCAACAGGCUAAAGAGAAUGCAAUGAUGGCAAGUCAGGCAAGGAAGUCGUUUCAGAAAGUGAUGAGCCAUGUAAUGCGGAGGCCUAUGCAUUCAAUUUUGGGGAUGCUUUCAUUGUUUCAAGAGGAGAAUGUGAGAUCUGAACAGAAGAUUAUUGGGGACACAAUGUUGAAAGUUGGCAAUGUGCUCUCAAGUUUGAUUAAUGAUGUAAUGGAGAUUUCGGAAAAUGAUAAGGGAAGUUUUCGGUUAGAGAUGAAACCUUUCCUUUUACAUUCCAUGAUGAGGGAAGCUGCUUGCAUUGUGAAGUGCUUGUGUGCAUAUGAAGCCUUUGGUUUUGAAAUUAAUGUACAGAAGUCUUUACCUGAACUGGUUAUAGGCAAUGAGGCAAGGGCUUUUCAAGUUAUUUUGCAUAUGGUUGGCUCUUUAUUGAAUAUGUAUGACAGAGGGAAUCUCAUUUUUCGAGUUUUUCUUGUUAGUGACGGUGGAGACAAGGAUGAUAAAAAUUUUGGAAUUUGGAGAUCAAGCAAUCAAUAUGAAUAUGUACAUAUAAAAUUUGAUUUUCUGAUAACUGGUAAGUCUCAGUCAGAUGAAUCAACUUCAACAAAACAUUAUACUGGUAGGAGGCAAUACUACAACAAUGAACCUAAGGAGGGCCUCAGCUUCAGCAUGUGCAAAAAGUUGGUACGGAUGAUGCAAGGUAAUAUCUGGAUAUUACCGAACUCUCUGGGUAUGGUGCAAGGCAUGACACUUCUUCUCAAGUUUCAGAUAGGACCAUCUCUUGAAAAAUCCAUAUUUGCACCUAAAGAUUCUUCAAACUCAGAGUUUAGAGGCCUUAAGGUAGUAUUAGCCGAUGAUGACGGUGUAAACAGGACGGUGACAAAGAAGCUACUUGAGAAGCUUGGUUGUGAAGUAACUGCUGUUUCAUCAGGGUUUGAGUGUCUAGGUGCUGUAAGUGGCUCUGGUAACUCAUUCAAAAUUAUUCUCUUGGAUCUUGACAUGCCCGAAAUGGAUGGUUUUGAAGUGGCCAUGAGGAUCCGGAAGUUUCAGAACUAUAAUUGGCCCUUGAUUAUUGCUCUCAUAGCAAGUGCAGAAGAACAUGUGAAUGAGAAAUGCCUACAUGCUGGAAUGAAUGGAUUGAUUCGAAAACCUAUCCUCCUUCAUGAGAUAGCAGAUGAACUUAGAACAUUCCUGCAGCUGAAAAACUCUGAAUACAGUUUUAAGUAGUGUCAUCUUUCGUUCCUCAAUUCAUAACUUCAACGAGUAAAUAUUCAGUAAUGCCGUAUAUAUAUAUAUAGUUGGUU